GAAAAUGAAAACGCCAUAAAAGUUUCACAGCUACGGCCAUAUCACAAGGAUACAGAUCUACACUUUUCUAAUCUUCUUCUUUGAAAACUCUUCGCCGUUCCAAUCAAAUGACGACCAGCAUCCACGUCACCGCUUUAGACAGCGUCGUCAACGUGAACUCCCUCUUCACACUCGCCGUCUUCAUCGGCUUAGCCUGGAAUCCCUACGAUUCCAGCAACACUCUCGUAGACCCAGGCACGAAAUGUUUCCCCAACUCGAAAAUCGCCGAGGAUUUGAUUAAAUUCCACGUCUACUCCUUCAGCUCUUUCCUCUUCUCUAGCCUCGUAGCUUUGGCCCUCAAACAAGCAAUCAAGCUCUCCAAAUCCCAUUCCCUCAACAUCCACAUCAAUUUCCGUGGGUCCGAGAUUCUUGAGCGCGUCGAUGUUAACAAGACGUUGCUUCGGGUCGGUAUGGUGGUUUCGGGUGCUGGGUCGGUUGCCGGUUGUUUGUUUCUGAUGUUGGCUCUGAUUAAUGUGGUUCAGAUCAAGGUCGGAACUUUGGCUUGUGGGAGUGGGCAUGCUUUUGCGGCGGUUGUUCCUCUUGUUAUUUUGGUUCCUCUUGCUCUUUUGAUCUAUGUUUGUGUGGGACUUUAUGCUUUUACUCGUUAAAUUGGGUGAAUUAGGUGUUGUUGUAUGAUCUAGGAACAAAACUUUGAGAAUGUUGCUUUAAUUUUCCUAAUUUGCAAUGUUUUUUUAGUAUGUUUUGUUGUAUAAUUGAAUUCCAAGACUAUAAAGAUAAAAACUUUGUUGAUGUUU